UUUGUUAUUUUUUGAGUGACUUGCAAAAGAAUUAAAUCUAAAUAUUAAAUAAUUUAAAAGAUAUAAAAAAGAAAAUUUCAAAAGGUGUCCACCUUGAAGUCUAGGGCCUUCCUAGGGACGCUUGGACAACCGCAACAUGUUGGAUUAUGUUCAGCCAGGACCACAUGACAGUGAAAUAUCCCAGCAGUUCACUGCUCUCUCGUAUUUAUCUUCCAAAUUCAAUCUUUUUGCCCCGGCCGAUUCAAUGCAUCUAUCACCCACGACAUCCAAGUGAUCCCAGGCUGGCUUGUGUUGGCAGCUCUCGCCGUGGUUGCCGUGGACGGGUUCCCAACCGUGCCCACCUACCCUCUCCUAAGAGAACCAAUGGUCCAGAAAGUCCUACCCGACAAAACUGCUCCCUUUACACCGAUUAAUGACAGCCUAAUUAAAAGUUUCUUCUGCUAGCUUUCCACAUCCCCUACAGCUAGCACCGUCGUCUAUAACACCAUCUAGUCUUCUCCCCCUUUGCAAAAACAAGAAAAGAUGUAGAUACACCAAAGAAAGCCUAUCAAAUUAGUUGCCAAAGAACUUCUUCCGCGACGCAGAUUUGUCGAAACAACAAGUGUGUCACAGUCAGUGUGCCGCCGGGGCUAUCCACCAUCGUUGAUCCUCCUCCUUCGUCUAUACCACCUUGAUCAUCAACCAUGGAAAAGGGAAAAGAUGUGACUGUAUUUGAUGACUUACCUGAGUCAGUCAUCAUUGGAGAGAUCCUGGUAAGGUUAUCGGCUCAAGACGUUCUUCGAUGCCGUGCUGUUCGUAAGUCAUGGCGUCAUGAAACCUCCACCAAAAACUUCCUCCUCGCCCACAAUCGCCGCCAACCUUCUCUCCCAAUUAUCAACCUCUUCAAGAGAACCAAUGAAGGGCAUGAUUGCCUUUUCAAUGUCUUCAAUGACUCCAGUUCUACAACCAUCGAUCACAAGCUCUGUGGGCGGACCGUCCUGCGGUGUCCUAACACAGAGUUUCAUAAAGAAGGUCCAGAUGUCCAUGCUGCUUGUGAUGGCCUCUUCAUCCUAUCCUUUGGUGAGAACACAAGACUAUUUUAUGUUUGCAACCCGACUACCCGUCAGCUUGCUCCCCUACCGCCGCUUCAUGAACACCAGCUACCAAAUAGAAGGAUUCAGAUAGCCGCACUCUAUAAACAUCAACCAUGUGGAGAAUACCGAGUGCUCUACUCUAUCUGGACAAAGAAUGAGGAUGAGCCCACUUCCAAUGUUGAUCUCUAUGUACUCGUAGUGGGAUCUAACGAUCCAAGGAAAAUUGGACAACUACCCGUGUCUCUAGAGUUACUGAAGGGACUGAGAUGUUGUUGGAAUGCACCAGUACUACAUCAUGGUAAUCUGCAUUGGGAUUUGAUGGGCCGAUACUUUGGCGAUGCCAAAAAAAACAUAUUGGUGUUCGAUAUCGUGUUCGAGACAUUCCGUUGGAUUCACCCUCCUGCUGAUAAAUACCUUUGGAAGUCAUUGUUGGAGAUGAACAAUGUGCUUGCUAUGUGGUGCAGUCGCAAUUGGAUCAAUAUAGAUAUUUAUAUUAUGCAAGACUACACAUGCGAGGUUUGGACCCUCACGCAUCAGAUUAAUAUUUUUGAAUUGGGCGGGUCACCGUCACUUCAUUAUACAAAGAGUAGGGUGCUGAAAAUUGUGAUGCUCAAUGAGCGCGAGUUAUUGAUCCAGCUAUCAAAUAGGAUUAUUUUGCAUUGUGACAUUGAUGGAAAGUUUCUAGGAAAGAUUGAAUGUGAUGGAGUUGAAGACAACUGCAUGGACAUUACACCCUAUCACUUUCGGGAGAACAUUGUUCCAUUUCCAUUCUUUGAUAUGCAGGAUGAUUCUGGCAACAAUGUGAUGCUAGGAGGAGAUAAUGAUGUGCACAUUAUGGCCAUAGAAUAUAUUCAAAGUUUUAUUGAAUCUUGAGGUGAGAUUCUGCCAUAUUGUAGGAAUGGACAUUUGGGCAUGGACUUAAUUGUUCUUGCCAUAUAUUAAUGUGGCAAACUAUGGAACCUGGCUUAUCAUAUAUUAUUGUGGCAAACUAUGUAACAUGUUGUAUGAAACUAUUAUACUUGUUCACCCGUUUGAUUUAAUUCUUAUAUGUUGGGUUGCCUGAACCGGACUUGGAACCAUAGAUGAGCAACUAAGAAAUGCAUGUCUCAUGAUGCUUCUUAGUUAGGUAUGAUGAGAUGAGAUAUAAAUUGGCACUUGAAUUGCAUCAUCAAGCACGAUUAAAAUAACUACACGCUUCCAACUCAUUUUCUAUUUUCAA